GCUUGAUUGUCUUUGAGCGAGCCAACAAAAAUGCAGAAAGCAACAUACUACGACAACUCGGGACUCUUCGGGGGUUACACGUACCCCAAGGCUGACUCGUACAACUACGCGCACCAGUCCUACCCCGCGGCAAACAUCGACGCGGACUACCAGGGCUCCGUGUGUCCCAUCCAGACCCCCUCCGGCAGGCCGCUGACCCUCAAGGAGAGUGACUUAAAUGGGGACUGCAUGCGGCAAAGCAGCAGCAGUGCUGGCAGCAGCCAAAGCAACAAUAGCACCAAUAGCAACAGCAGCAGCCAAGCGUCCAAUGCCGGGGAGCAGCAGCAGCAACAGCAGCAGCCACAGCAGGCCGGAGCCCCGCUGCCACCCUCGCCCGGAUCCAACGGCAACGCGCCCCAGAAGAAGAAGCCUCCGGCGGGGAGCAACAACGCGUCACCCGUCCUGACCAAGCAGAUUUUCCCGUGGAUGAAGGAGACCCGGCAGAACGCCAAGCAGAAGACGAAUAACAACUGCUCAGCUGCUGGCGAGGUGAGCGACGAAAAGAGUCCGACUGGGCCGGCAUCCAAGCGGGUCCGAACUGCGUACACCAGCGCGCAGCUCGUGGAACUGGAGAAGGAGUUCCACUUUAACCGCUACCUCUGCCGCCCACGCAGAGUGGAGAUGGCCAACCUGCUGAACCUGACCGAGCGCCAGAUCAAGAUCUGGUUCCAGAACAGGAGGAUGAAGUACAAAAAGGACCAAAAGUCCAAAGGGAUCGCGCACUCGCCCCUGGGGCACUCCCCGGACAGAAGCCCGCCGCUCACCGGCGCUAAUCACAUGGGCUACUCCGGCCAACUGGGUAACUCGCUGGGCUACGACGCACCGUCUCCUCCGCCCUUCGCCAAGCCCCAGCAGAACAUGUACGGCUUGGCCGCUUACACGGCCCCGCUGGGCGGCUGCAUGCCGCAGCAGAAGCGCUACCAGAACGCCGAGUACGAGCACCACGGCAUGCAGAGCGGCGGCACCUUCGCCGGCGCUAACCUGCAGGGCAGCCCCGUGUACGUGGGAGGGAAUUUUGUGGAUUCCAUGCCGGCGUCGGGUCCCGUGUUCAACCUGGGCCACCUUCCCCACCCGUCGUCCACCAGCGUGGACUACAGCUGCGCCGCCCAGAUCCCGGGGAACCACCACCACGGACCCUGUGACCCCCACCCCACCUACACGGACCUCACCUCGCACCAAGCCACUCAGGGAAGGAUUCAGGAAGCGCCCAAACUCACGCACUUGUAAUAGAAGUGUGGAUCUGUCUGAGUGUUUGCCAAUAUUACGUCGCGCUCUUUUUAUUACCUCAUUCUUCGAAUAAGUCCGAGCGAGUCGUUGUGCAUUAUUAUCAUCACAGUAUUGAUAUGACGAUUAUUGUGUAUUUUUUUUUCGUUAAGUAAUCCUCUCACGUUAUUGGACACGUGGGGGUGGAUGUCUGAGAGGUCUCGUUUUUUUCCCUAAAUAUAUACAUAUAUAAAGUGCAAUGCGCAUUUUGGACUGAAUAUUUGACUUGAAGUAGAUGAUGAACGUAGAAACUCAUCAGUAGUGAGAAGGACUUUUAGUCCCGUUUUUUGUCUCUUUUGUCAGGAUCUCAUCCUCAUCAUCGAAUUUAUUUAUUUUCAUGAUUAUUGAAUAAUCGUUUUCGGGCUCUUAUCUAUUUAUUAUUUAAUGAUUGCACAUUAUUUAUCGUUUAUAAGCGAGUAUUUAUACGUGUUUUUCUUUUUGUAACAUUGGACAGAUCAGUGCACUUGAUGGCAAAACAGGGUUGUUGAAAAAAAAAAUCUAAUUGUAUAUCGGGGACAAAUGGGGCAUUUUAUAGUGUAUAAGCACCAUUACGUGUCCAUGGUUAAUCUUGUGUGGAAUCUUAAGCAAAAUCGUAGACUAUCGAAGUAUCAAAUAUUGUACACACCAGCAUGUCAUUUUGGUUUUUCUACUCAUUGUCUCCUGUCGUUACUCAUCAAAUUACCAGACCCCAACGAUAUUGAAAUGUUCUAUUUUAUUGUGUUGGACAUUUUGUAAAUAAAGUGCUCAAACUUGACGGUUUUAUUUC